AUGGCGGCACGGGGUCCGGGCGCGGGGCGUGGAGGGGCGCGGGGCACCGUUCCCCGCCAGGUGUGUGUGGCCACCAGCAGGUCGGGCUCCGAGAUGGCCUCACCGCCAAGCAGCAGGAAGUCCUCGGCGCAGUCCAGGAAGACUUCGUCCAUCUCCAGCAACUGGGCCAGCACGGGCAGGUCGGGCUCUCUCCUGUCCGGCUCCAGGAGGGUCUCGGGCGAGUCCAGGAAGGGCCCGACCGUCUCUGGGAGCUCGUACCGGCCCCGCAAGGUGCCCUGGGCCACCCUGGUGAGGGCUUUGGGCCGCUUCAAGCUAUUUCUCCCCGAGAUCCGCCGGGACCAGCUGCUGGCCGCCUACGACCCCCUGGCCUUGGAUGAAGUCCCUCAGCCAUGGGCGGAGCAGGACACCACGUCGCAGAAGACGUUCUGGGGCGACCAUCAGCAACUCUCCAAGGCGCUGCACCUGUCACGGCCGCAGCCCCCGCCCCGCGCGCCACCUGGUUACCCCUCCCUGCACCUGCACCCCUCGCCGCGGGAAACCAGCCUGAACCCCUCCUCUCCUCGUUCACGACCCCCAGUGCUUCCCCAGCUGAUCCCAUUUAAAACCCUGCAUGGGCACGAGCAGGCCGUGAGCUCCUGUCACUUCUGCGUGGACGAUACCAAGCUCCUCAGCGGUUCCUAUGACUGCACUGUGAAGCUGUGGGAUGCUCUGGAUGGAUCUGUGAUUCGAGAUUUCCAGCAACGGCCCAGCGCUCCUGUUUUAGAGUGCAGUGUCACGGCCGACAGCAGAAGAAUUGUUGCUUCAUCCUAUGACAAGUCAGUGAGGGCUUGGGACGUUGAGACUGGCAAGCUGCUGUGGAAGGUCAGGCACAAUACUUUUAUCGUGUCCUGCAAGUUCUCCCCCGACGGCAAAUAUGUGGCUUUAGCCCUGGAUCUGGAUCGUGCACUCUGCAUAAUGGACUCAAAAGACGUCAGGUCUGUGAUCCGCGUCAAAGAUCAUCACAGGAAAUCCAUCAUGGCUUGCUCCUUUGACCCCGACAGCCAGAAGGUGGCUUCAGUCUCUUUGGACGGAAGUAUCAAGAUCUGGGAUGUCACAUCGCAGGCCACUCUGCUCAGCAUCAAGAAGGCACACGCCAAUGCAAUCUCAAACUGCUGUUUUACCUUCAGCGGCCACUUCCUCUGUACCAGCUCCUGGGAUAAAACCUUGAAAAUAUGGAACAUCCACUCGGGGGAGCUCCGCAACCGCGGAGCCUGUGUGACUCUGGUGCAGGGCCACGCGGGCUCCGUGAGCACCUGCCACGUCUCCAGGGACAGCUCUCUUCUCAUUUCUGGAGGCCUCGACAAGACGGUGGCUAUCUGGGACGUCGGAGAAGGCUACCGGAAGCUAUCCCUGAAGGGUCAUGAUGACUGGGUGACUGACGUUGCUAUCAGCAACAACAAGAAAUGGAUCCUGUCUGCUUCCAAGGACAAGACCAUGAGACUCUGGAACAUUGAGGAAAUUGACCAAAUUCCCUUGGUAAAGGAGAACAAGAAGGCCAGGGGCUUCAAGGUCAAACAGUGCAAAGGAUGUGACAGGCCUUUCUCCAUCCAUGAAGGCGAUGACCCUUCUGAAGUCACCAAAUGCGUGUUCUGCAGGACGGAUGAGCGCAACCAACAGGCAGAGGCCUCGUCCUCGGGAGAGGAGAGCAAGGACGCAUGA